AGUCCGGCCCAUCGAGUCUCCUUCUUACACGCGCGGAGACUGCUCCGCUUAGCUUAGUGAACUACACGAGCACUCGGACCGCGUCUGCAGUCGCGGCGAGGGCCCACAUGGCGAGGAGGGCGACGGCAGACGGCAGGAGGGCACGCGGUCUUUCAGAGGCGGGGGGAGGGCCUCAGCCGCCGAAGACGCACGCGCGCGACGACCCGAAGAAGCAAGCGGGCAAGUCCGAUGGCAACCAGGCGAGCGGAGAGGAAGCAUUCAACAUGGAAAAAUUCACGCUCAACAGCGCCCAAGUGAUCAGGGCAAUCUCAGACAGAUUGUGGGUUUUUUGUUCCGGUGGACAAAAGAGACCACUCGGCGACGCAGGCCUGGGCCAGCGCGGAGCAGAUGCAUGCGGAGCGCAGCCAGAACGGGGAGACGGGCCAGGAGAACCCACGCGCGCACUCGGCAGCGGACUUUCUGGUGGCGCUGGACAACAUGCCAGAGCUCCCGCAUCACAUCCAGGCAGACAUGAAGAAGCCUAGCCUCAUCAUAGACUUUAUCGAGUACAACGAGCUGGCGGAUCUAGUCCGCUACGCGAGGGCGCAGAAAUCCCCCCGCGGAGCACGGCCAGCACUAGCGCUGGAAAGUACAUGCGAUGCUGAACCCCAUGGGAGAGAGCCCGUUCAACGUCAAGAUGGAAGCCGAUACAGACAAGAUCUGCCAGGGCAACGAGAAGGAACCGAUCAAGCCCGACCCAAUCAGCAUCCCACAGGUGCGCACGAUGAUCUACGCGUCACUGAAGGCGACACGCGGAGCAGCAAUAGUCGGAGCGCCUCCCCCCGCGGCGCUCGAGAGACAGGUUCAGAAAUUUGCCGGGCAGCGCCAAGGAGCCGCGGCGUGAACAUGGAGGAAUCGUCGUCAGGCGCAGCUGGGCAGUGAGAGCAGCAGAAUUACUUCGGCGCUUGGGCGCCGACUGAUCGCGCGGAGGG